AUGUGGCACAUUUGGAAGGAACGGAAUGCCCUGGUGCAUUCUCAAGAGUCCUGGUCCAAGGAGAAAUUUUGGCAAGCUGUGAUUGGAUUGGUUUCAGAGAUAAACAUCUCCACCCCACCAUCUAACUCGUCUGCCACUACAGUUAGAAGAAUUAGUUGGCAGCCUCCUCCCGAUGGAUGGGUGAAACUGAAUGUAGACGGUAGCGUGAAAGGUGAUCCCCCAUCAUCGGCUAUUGGGGGAGUAGCUCGCGAUCCAGCUGGUAAUUGGAUAGCAGGCUUUUACACGCAUGUUGGACAUUGUUCUGUGCUAGAAGCGGAGCUCAAAGCUCUUAGAGAUGGUCUCUCCCUCAUCUGGGUUUUGGGUUACUGCAAAGUGUUAGUGCACUCGGAUUCAUCAACAGCUGUCAACCUUAUCCUCUCCGAGAAAGAGUUGUUUCAUCCUCUUGGAAUGAUUAUUGCCGAUUGUCAUAUUAUGCUACAAAAGUCUUGGGAAAUAGAACUGUCAUACAGACUACGAGAAGCCAACAUAGUUGCUGAUGCAAUGGCAGAACUUGGCCAUGAUUGUCGCUCAGGAGAACGCCUUUGGCCUUCUCCUCCAAGCUCCAUAUUACAACUUGUGGAUUUAGAUAGAAGAGGGAAUAUGUAUUCCCGCUCCUAG